AUGGACAUACAGGCACACAACACAGAAAUGAUUGUCAUGAAGGAAGAAAUUCAGAAACCCCUAGAAACAGAAAGUAUGACAUGCCACAACAUGCCACAUGGAGAAGCACCUGGCUUAGUCAGCAAGUGGAAGGGGCAAAGGGAGAACAUGUCCCAGAGCUUCUAUUUUGUUCUUUACAGGAAGGAACUGGGGGGAUGGGACAGGUGGCCACGACAGACGAGCGGGCCUCAUCAAGUGGCGCCCAACGUGGGGCCCGAGGACGGACUGAAGGAAAAGUUAAGUGAGGAGACUCCCUUCAGACAAGGCGGCCACCAUUACAAAAAGGAGUUAUACUCCACCUUCACCCCCAGUUUUGGCCCCACGAGGCUUGGCCCCGCAGAAUGGCUGGUUAGCCAAAGAAAGGAGUGGCGCGGUCCUCGAUCCCCCGGGCUCUCCGAGACCCCCAGUGGGCCAUCUCGGCCCGGCUGUGCCACACUGGCUAGUAGAUGCUCCUGGCCCGGCCGGAGCCCCCGCUCCUCCCCUGUGCCCCCGACCCGGCCUCUCAGGGUUGCCCGAGCAAGCCCCGGGCUCCCCUUGAGCUCAGCGCGGUGCCAGAGUCAGCCGUUCUCUCAGGUUUUGGGACAGGUGAGCAUCCUGAAGAAGGCCACGAUCUGGAUGCGGCAGCCCGGGCGGGUGCUGGAGAUCGUAAGCGCCCUCCGCAGAGGCGGGGGAGACCGUUUACAGGUCAUUUCUGAUUUUGACAUGACCUUGAGCAGGUUUCCAUAUAAUGGAAAGCGAUGCCCUUCUUCCUACAAUAUUCUGGAUAACAGCAAGGUCAUCAGUGAGGAGUGCCGGAAAGAGCUGAAAGCGCUCCUUCACCAUUAUUACCCAAUUGAGAUUGACCCACACCGGACCAUUGAAGAGAAGUUACCCCAUAUGGUCAAAUGGUGGACCAAAGCGCACGAUUGCCUGUGUCAGCAGAAAAUUCAGAAGUUUCAGAUAGCCGAGGUGGUUAGAGAGCCCAAUGCAAUGCUUAGGGAGGGAUACAAGACGUUCUUCAACACCCUCGACCAAAACAACAUUCCCCUUCUCAUCUUUUCCGCGGGCAUUGGUGAUAUCCUGGAAGAAAUUAUCCGACAGAUGAAAGUAUUCCACCCCAAUAUCCACAUUGUGUCAAACUACAUGGAUUUUGACAAAGAUGGCUUCCUUCAGGGAUUCAAGGGCCAGCUCAUACACACAUACAACAAGAACAGCUCCAUGUUCGAGAACUCCGGCUACUUCCAGCAGCUUAAGGGCAGAACCAACAUCAUCCUGCUGGGAGACACCAUGGGGGAUCUCACGAUGGCCGAUGGGGUUCCGGGUGUGGAGAACAUUCUCAAGAUUGGCUUCCUAAAUGACAAGGUGGAGGAGCAGCGUGAGAGCUACAUGGACGCCUAUGACAUUGUGCUGGAGAAGGACGAGACUCUGGACGUGGUCAACGGGCUGCUGAAGCACAUCCUGCACCAGGGGCCCGGGGUGGAGAUCCACGGCUCCUGAAGGCGCAGGCGUGGGGCCAGUCCCUGCAGGCCUUGACGGAGAGGGCGCCUCGCUGCGAGGCCGCCCUGCCGUGAGCCUGCUCUUCCUGGUGUGUGCAGAGGAAAGCCCAGGGCAUCCAGAAGCUGCUGGAUCCUCGCCCCUCCCUCCUCCUUUCCCUGUGUGUGUUCUCCAAGGCCUGUGGGAGCCCUGCCAGGUGGGAGGCAGCAAAAGCCAUUCCAAGUGAACUGUGGACCUGUCGGGUGUUUGCAUUCCAGAAAUCAUUUGGUCCAGGAUUCCUUCUUUUAAACAUUUUAAACAUAGGAAGCUGUUCUUCAAACAAAUUGAAUGUGUAAAACAUAUCAAAAUAAAAGGAAAAAACC